ACCAAGCUAGCAGAAGUCAGCGCUAAUGGUUUAGCCCCUGAAACUUCAGUGGUCUAACGCAGUUAAACGCGUCAUCUGACGUGAACAACACGUCCUCGCUCCCACUCGACCCAUUAGGAUUAUUCUAACUGGGUCGGAAGCUUGGCCCGCAUCGGACCGGAAGCGGCUAGCUGGUCCGGGUGUAGUUCGAUCCCGUCGGGAAGCGGUGCGGGACAGUUGGAAGAAGUGCGUGAUGCCAGUGAACGGGGGGGGGCUGCUCUCCCUCAGCAGAUACGCCACGCAGUACUUCACCAACCCGCAGAUGGAAGAGACUGUGUGGGAGCAGUACACAGUGACGCUGCAGAGGGAUCCCAAGAUGGGCUUUGGCAUCGCGGUGUCGGGGGGGCGUGACAACCCCAAUGAGGAAAGUGGCGAGACGUCCAUCGUGGUCUCGGACGUCCUGCAGGGGGGGCCGGCCGAUGGCUUGUUAUUUGAGAACGACCGCGUGGUGCAGGUGAACGCCAUCCCCAUGGACGGGGCCACCCACUCCUUCGCCGUCAACACCCUCAGGAAGUGCGGCAAAGUCGCCAAAAUUACAGUGAAGCGGCCCCGGAAGGUUCCGGUCAACGUGGUGAACCGUCCGUCCUCCCCCGAUGACCGAGUCUUCAACAACGACUACAAUGAUGACUACAACUACGACCAGGACCGGCGCAGCGUGUACAGUGGGCGGGACCACAGUCCGGAGAGGGAGCGCUACAUGGAUUCUGGCUACCAGACCCACGAGCGUGACCACGACCGGGACUACGACCGGCGGGACCGCGGCAGGAACCCGGAGCGAGACCUCAGCCCGGACCGGCCGUACCGGAGAGACGGCAGCAGAGGUCGCAUUUUAGAGAAAGAGCGCAGCCCGGAGCGCCCGUACCGGAACGACAAGAUGCUGGACCGGGACCACAGCCCGGACAGAAGAUACCGCAGCGAGCGCACGCUGGACCGCGAGCACAGCCCCGACCGCCGCUACCGCAGCGAGCGAGCCCUGGACCGCGAGCACAGCCCGGACCACCGCUUCCGCAACGAGAAGACCCUGGAGCGCAACAACAGCCCGUACCGGCGCGACAGCCCGGGCAGAGGCCACGGGCGCGACCACAGCUUCGAGCGAGGACGGGACCGGAUCCCCAGCGACCAGAGGAAGUACGACGAGCCGGUGAGACGCAGCGGCAGCAGGGAUCGCCUGGACCGCUCGCCAUCCCCGGCCGCCAUGCCCAUCCCUCUGCCUCGACCCGCCCGGGACCUGGAGCCGCUGGAGAAACCGCUGAACGUGCUGCUGCUGAAGAAACGACCCAACGAAGAGUACGGUCUUCGUCUGGGCAGCCAGCUCUUCAUCAAGGAGAUGACCAGCACUGGACUCGCCAGCAGAGACGGGAACCUGCAGGAGGGAGACAUCAUACUGAAGAUUAACGGCACGGUGACGGAGAACCUGUCCCUCAGCGACGCCGGGAAGCUGAUCGAGAAGUCCCGCGGGAAGCUGCAGCUGGUGGUGCAGCGGGACAAGCAGCAGGUGCUGAUCCGCGUCCCCCCGAUGGCCGACAGUGACUCUGAGCUCGACGAUAUCUCAGAGAUCGAGUCGUACCGCUCCUACUCGCCGCAGGACGACAGGCGUGGCCACCACUCCGACCUCUCCUCCCACUCCUCCAACGAGCGGCUGAGGGAGAAGCCCAGAGAGGAGCCGCCCAACCGGCUGGCAAAGAUGGGCGCCAUGCCAACGCCGUUCAGAGUGCCCGACCGAGCCGUGGAAGACACGCCCCCUUUGCUGCCAGAGAGGGAGGAGCUACCACCAGAGACACCUCCAGUGAAACCAGUCGUCGCUGCUCACCAAAAGUUUCAUGCUCCUCCUAAAGUUCCACUAAAGCCAAACACAGAGGACCAGGAAGUUUACGGCCCGAACACGGUGAUGGUGCGUUUCCAGAAAGGCGACAGCGUGGGUCUGAGGCUGGCCGGAGGAAACGAUGUCGGCAUCUUCAUCGCCGGCGUCCAGGAGGACAGCGCCGCCGAGAAGGAGGGGCUCCGCACGGGGGAUCAGAUCAUGAAGGUGAACAACACUGACUUCAGAGGGAUGGUGCGUGAGGACGCUGUCCUCUACCUCCUGGAGGUUCCUAAAGGAGAAGACGUCACCAUUCUUGCUCAGAGUAAACCUGAAGUGUACAAGGACAUCUUAGCGUCUGGCCGCGGCGACUCGUUCUUCAUCAGGACUCACUUUGAGUUUGAGAAGGAGGCGCCGCAGUGUCUCCCGUUCUCCAGAGGAGAGAUCUUCAAGGUGACGGACACGCUGUACGAUGGCAAACUGGGAAACUGGCUGGCCAUCCGCAGCGACAAAGACAACCAGCUGUUGGAGAAAGGAAUCAUCCCCAACAAGAGCAGGGCAGAGCAGAUGUCCAAUGUCCAGAACGCUGCUCGAGCGGCGUCGGGCAACGACCGAGGAGACUUCUGGAGGCUGAGAGGUCAAAGGGCAGCGAAGAAGAAGGAUAUCCGCAAGAGCCGCGAGGACCUGAGCGCCGCUCCGGUCACCACCCGGUUCCCCGCCUACGAGAGAGUGGUCCUGCGUGAAGCUGGAUUCAAAAGGCCUGUGGUGGUUUUCGGGCCCAUUUCUGAUACAGUAAAUGAGAAACUGGCCAAUGACAUGCCGAGCAAGUUUGUCGUCGCCAAAACGGAGCCUAAAGACGCAGGAAGUGAGAAAUCCUCCGGCGUGGUGAGACUCAACACCAUCCGACAGAUCAUCGAGCAGGACCUCCACGCCCUCCUGGACGUGACCCCCAAGGCCGUGGACACUCUGAACUACACGCAGUGGUAUCCCAUCGUCAUCUUCCUGAACCCGGACAGCAAGCAAGGCAUCAAGACCCUGAGGAACCGCGUGGCGCCCGGGUCCAGCCGCAGCGCACGCAAGCUGUACGAGCAGUCCGUCAAGCUGAGGAAGACGUGCACGCACCUGUUCACCGCGACCAUCGACCUGAACUCGGCCAACGACGGCUGGUACGGCAGCGUGAAGGAUUCUAUUCAGGAGCAGCAGGACCGAGCUGUGUGGGUGUGUGAGGGGAAGCUCGAAGGUUCGGAGCAGGACCUGGAUCUCCAUGACGACCGCAUGUCCUACCUGUCGGCCAUGAGCGCCGACUACCUGAGCAUGGACAGCCGCAUGACCAGCGACUACGAGGACACGGCGGACGAGGGCGGAGCUUACACCGACAACGAGCUGGACGAGCCGGCGGACGAGCCGCAGCCCGUGUCGGCCAUCAGCCGCUCGUCAGAGCCGGUGCUGCCGGACGAGGUGCGAGCUCAGACCCGGACCGACUCCACCCGGAGCUACGACUCUCACUCCAGCAGCACCAUCAGCAGCGACGUAGUGGGGGGGAACAGGCCCCUCCCCCCUCCCGUGGCCAUGAAGCCCCUCGUCCCACGCCUGCCCUCGGAGGGGGGGGUCCCGGUUCGAGAGGAGGACGACCCCGCCGGCAAAUCCUUCCUGGGCAAGAUUAAGGCGUUUGAGAAGAUGGACCACCUGGCCCGAGCUCAGCGGAUGCUGGAGCUGCAGGAGGCGGAGAACGCUCGACUGGAAAUCGCCCAGAAGCAUCCGGACAUCUACGCCAUCCCAGUGAAGCUGCCAAAGCCCAACCUCAACCGUCCCCAGCCAAUCGGCUCCAGUUCGAACCCGGAGCCCCAGGCGCCGUCCCGGUCGUACUCGGAGUCCCGAGGCUACGAGGACGAGGAGGCGGAGUAUCGCCGGCAGCUGGCCGACCAGACCAAGAGAGGCUACUACAACCCCCAGAAAUACAAGGACACUGAGCUGUGAGGCCCCCCCCCCCCCGAAGCCAGGACGUGACAUCAUCACCCCCACCCCUCCACCACGCCGUCGCUACAAGUGCUCCGAGCUCGUCACCGUGGUAACAGCUUACGCAGCUUUUACCUCAAUGUAAACUUUUGUUUGUAGUCGGAAUCCUGGAACGAUGUUAGUCUCAGCACUGAUGUCUCACUACAUGUUGUCUCACUACAUGUUGUCUCACUACAUGAUGUCUCACUACACGUUGUCUCACUACACGUUGUCUCACUACAUGUUGUCUCACUACAUGAUGUCUCACUACACGUUGUCUCACUACAUGUUGUCUCACUACAUGUUGUCUCACUACAUGUUGUCUCACUACAUGUUGUCUCACUACAUGUUGUUCUUCAUAAAUACACCACAGGUUUAUUCCUGAUGUCUUUAUGUGUCUGGAGAGGUUUUCUGUUACCAGCGAGAGUUUGUGAUUUAAAUCCUGUUACACCGACGCUCAGCUUCUCGUGUUCUACUGUUACUCUCAGGGUUGGAUUCUGGAAUAUUAUGAUUAUGUGAAAUUUGAGGCAGAGUUGUGCUCUUUGGGUCACAGUCGAGCAAAGAGACAAACGGCUUCUCCAACUUUAGUUUGGAAAGAAAAGAGUCUCAAUUCUGAACUAAAAGAUCAAACACCUCUUCAAGCCAACACCCUCUCUCAGCAUAUUAAUGAAAACUCAUGGAUCCACUCUAGAUUUAAACGACUUCUUCCUCCAGUCAUCUCCACAAUGUUCAGUGGAAGUUGGUUCUGUAGUUGUUGUGUAAUCCUGCAGACGAACAAAGAUGCAGCGAUGAAAACACAAGUUCCCCGGUGACGGUAGAAAAAGGAUUAAAAAUGAAUCACAUCUUUAUCCAGAUGUUCAGUUUUUGAAUUAUCCAGAAAGGCCCUCAGAUCAGUUUUCCCUCCUGGACGAUGAAUCAUUGAUGAGAACAGACGAUCGACUGUGGACGUAACAAUGAAACACGAGAAGCUGACGAACAUCAAUCUGAAACCCAGCUGAGCUACUGGGAGCUGAACUGGGAUUGGUUUACUGUUCACUGGUUUAACUGAUCAACAGCGCCCCCUGCAGCUCUGGGGGUCAGAUUGAUGUUCCUCCUGUAUCACCUGUAAAUACACUACACUGUACCGCGUGUGCUCGGGGGUGCAGCAUAUAUCUAAGUGCCUUGCAGCUCGGACUUUACUUCAGUAAUUCACAAACUGCAGGAAGUUUCUAAACGAACCUUGAAGCUCCAGAAAAACACGCUGCGGUAAACUCGCUUCUGUCAAAAUCGACCAAACAAACGAUGUAGAUAGUUUAUUUUGUUUAUUUUAGCUGUAAUUACGAGAUAGAGAAAUGUGUGAUUGAGGAAAUGUCGGUAUCAUGUUGUUGAUGAUGAUUAGAAGAUCUAGAGAGAAAACACUGUUAAACUCAACAGGACGUCCGGAUGAGUUUUUGUUUCCAGCGCCACACGAGCUGACGAGUUCUGAGUCUGAGACACGGAGACAAUCACGUUUUUAUGGCUUCUCAUGUUUUUAUAUUGAAUCUCUGCUGAACUCGCUGGAGUCUUUGUACACUGGAGUCUGUGGAAACGUGGUGAUGACAAUCAUGUUUGUUGAUCCGCUUCUUUUAAAUGUCUGUCCGUGAUUUACAUUUCUUUUCCCUUUUUGUUUUGUUUUUUUUAGUUUGUGAUCUCAAGUGUUACAGGAAAUUCAAUAAAUAAAUACUUUUUUUUA